UCAACAUUCAGUUCCUUCCUCUUUCUGAAAGUUCUCUUUCUAGAAAGGAGGUAGAUAUUUUAUCUUUUCUCUAGGGCACAUGCUUCUCAUUGCUUGCAUGUGAACACUAAAGCAUCAUGGAGGAGGUGAAGCUUGCAAAAUAACCUUUGCUAUUGCAAGUUAGGAUGUGCCUAUUUUCAUCUGGGAAAAGAUGAGAACUGUGAGCAUAAGUUGGCAUCUGCCUCUCUAUGGCAUCCACAGCAAGGGAUACCUUCCACCUUACCACAGCAUCAACAUUCAGUACCAGUCCACCUCGGUGUCUUGGUGUCUGGGCUCUUCACUGGCAUAUUUCUCUUUCCACCCACUCCAUCCUUUUCACUCCGAGACACAGUUAGGUCAUUCUGUCCAAGAUCCAGAACAAUCUGCGACAGUCACUUCAUCCAAAAGCUGAAAAACAGAACAACCUGCAUUAUAAGGCAAACAUCUCUAGCCAAAAGAAUAUUCAGAAGAGUUGGCUGAAUACGACUGAAGGAAGAAGGGGAAAAGUGAAGAGAGAGGGAGCAGAACUCUCAACAGAUAACCAGAGUCAAACAAGAGGAAGGGUGAAAACUGAGAAAGAAGGAGGACAGCCCUUGAAGAUUUGCAGGGAGAAAAGGAGGACCACAGACCUGCACAAUGAGCUUCCAAAACUACGAGGAGAUUAAAGGCAAUGCUUCUGCUACAGACAAUGCAACAUCUUACUCGGAAACACAGUCUUACCAAGAGUCUGACCCAGUGAAGCUACCUGUUAGACCACCACCGCCCAUGGGCUAUGGAGUAGUUCCACCCCCAGUACCCCCACCAUACCAAGCUUCUUCUGGGACAUCUGAUGCACAAAUGGGUCAAGGGCCAGACUUCCAGUUUCAGCAGGCCAUCUUCAUCACUCCUGUUGAGCCCACCAAGGAACCGGACAGCUUGAUCUACUCCAUCUUUACCUUGAUCUGCUGUUUCUUUCCCCUGGGUGUGGCUGCCUUAAUUUUCUCAAUAAAGACCCAAGAAGCCAACCGUAAUGGAAAUGUCACAUCUGCUCAGAAAAACUCCAGGCUGGCACGCCUCAUGGCCCAUACAUCACUUGGGAUCGGGGUCUUGUUCUGGGUUUUGUUUAUCAUCAUACUGGCCGUGUGAUGCAACGCUCAUAAGCCAAAUGACAUCCCUCCCGUUCUGAAGGAACCAAUCAGAGAAACCCUAGUUUGAUGCCAUCCUCUUUUGAUCAUACCAUAAAGUCUAGUUCACAUGUGCAUGUGUGUCACAUGAAUUCCUUACACCUGCCUUCAUACCUGGUCAUGGAAUAUGUGCAGCACAAAGCGUUGCAUUUGCAAGCUACCUGAAAGCCCUGCUUUGUAAUGGCCAAUCUGCAUCAAGCGACAAACAUCAGGUGUGCCCUAGCAUUGUGGUACAAAAAUAUUCUAAGCUAAGUUAUUAGAACAGAGAAGACCAAGGAUCACAUAUGAAAUAAAAUCCAUUUGGUGAUGAUUUUAACUAUUUUAAGCACCUAUUUUAACUGGGUUGACUGCACCAUACUAAUAUUGCCAAUAAUAAAAUCCCAGCAUACAUUCCAUUGAAUGUUCAGGCUUCAAAUUAUGAGAUGAGUAUAGAUUAGUGCUUGUCAGGGGUUGCUGUUCUGUCUCAAUCUCCUGCCCAGUUAUGCUUCCUAUUGCUGAUUCUUUCUCCUGUCUUCUUCUCUUUUGAAGAGUUGCUCUCUCUUCUGACUGAACUGACCUGCCUUCCCUUGCUUCCAUUCUUGCCAAUAUUUCACAGAUGUCAACAUAGAUUAGAGUCCUGUUGUUUUAUUAAGCAUGCUUAAGUUCCCCAAUGGAAGUUGUUGGCAAUGCAGAACAACAGUCUUCAGUUCAAACUGUAAAAGCAGAAUUGUACACUGCACACCAAUGCUCACUCUGCAUAGACGUGCUUUGUGCAUUGUACAUGGAUCCAUAUGUAUGUUUUAUUGUGCAUUUGGUUGCAGUUUGAUGACUUGGUUCAGUUACUAUUAAACACAAGGGUUGUGUAGCCCAAUCGAUGCAUAACUCUGCAUGUGGAGAGGUCCAUUGAACAAUCCUAAUGUGUGAUCUCACCCAAAUACAUGUUUAUAACAUCCUUAUCCUCAACACAUAAAUGGCUGAACAACCUUUGCCCCACCUGACCCAGUGAAACGUUGCUCAGAUUUUUCUUGGGCUCACUUACCCUGUUUUGAAUGCUGUGAUGGUGCUUGCUCUUUUGAUGGACAAAUCUGUGCAAGAAACAUCAUUGGACUUUAGCCUGUGGUCAGCAAUUCAAUAUGAGCCUCACUUGCAGCACAUGUGUUGGCAGGCUGCACAUUACAGGGCUGGGUCGCUUAAAGUUGACACCUGUGCAUUUUGUUCCUGAGCUUCUCCUUGAAUGUGAGUGCAGUUUGGCCAUCUUUUGUAACCUUUGUAAUGUGAAUGAGAGCCUCUUGGAACUGAAC